AUGUUACCUGCAGAUACAAAUUUAGUCUCGGAAAUAAUAGCCACUUCGGCUAAUAAAGAACAUGACGUAUUAACUUGGACUUCACAAUGGAUCAGGAGAGUUCGCUUUAGUUCCGAAGAACCUCCUGAUAUCGAAGUGCCCUUUUCGCAGAUCAAUGAACUUUUACUCAACUUAGAUUCCAGUACGGAAGAAACCCUCAAACCAUCUCAUACAUUAGAAUUGGCUAUCUCAGAGCUCUAUAACUUAUGUCUAUUCAAAAUUCAGGAAAAGUCUCCCGGAAAAGUUUUCGAGUCUGCAGUGCUAAUGUCCAAUGUUCUUAGUGAGGAGGGUGUUACUGAAACAGAUGGAAAGAAAAAGUCACGUAAGAAGCAAUAUCUGUACACUCCAUCAAAGGGGCUCGCUCUCUCAACGUUGAUUCAAAUGUAUGAGUUAUUUGGUGAUGGAUUAACAUCAUUGGUACCGCUGUUGUUAACAACCAUCUUCAAAAACAUAAAAAAACUAAUGGAAAAGGACAAGUACUUCCAUGCUAGCUUUAUCACAUCGUUGAUGGAGCUAUAUGGCUCAAUUGUGCAUUCAUGUGGUCACGGAAUAAUAAGUGAAACAUUCAUGACUAAGUUUACCAAACUAUCAAGGACAGUGUUUCGCGAAUUGGUUUCUGAAGAUCGCGAUUAUCCAAUAGGAUUCCUUAACGGAAUUAUAUCUGCUUGGAAGUGUUAUUUCAAGCAGGAUACUUUCAUCAAUAUUCAUUCUGGUGACAUCCUGAGUGGUUUUAAGCUGAAAUUUAUGGAGGGUAAUUUUGGUGCCUUUGGCUUAGAUUACGAAGGAACACGUAUAACCACAGCUAUGACGAUUGCUGAUAUCUUAAUCCACUAUCAGUAUGGGAAAAAAUUGGUUUCCUUGGCGGAUGUCAUGGCUUUUUAUACCGAUUUGUUUUUAAAAGCCGAACGUAGAACUACCAUGUCGGGAUGUUUCGAGUCACUGGUGAACUUCAUAGGGCAAAGCUCGAUUCGUGACCCAGAGCUCUUAACAGAUGCUGGCUACCUCGAUAUUGUUAAACUUCUCACGUGUGAAAUAUUUGACGACUCAAUGAUAAAGAACCAACGUCUAGAUUGUACCUCAAGAAAUUUGAAAUACUUACGCAAUAUGCAUGAAAUAAUUUUACCCCAUGUCAGUAUUUCCUCAAAGAUUCUGAUACUCCUGUCCAUCUUUGAAGAAGGUUCGGAGAAAGAAUCAUUAUUAAGGGACGAAAAAGGACGGGUAGACUUUGCUACAAUAGCCCAUCUCCAACUCGCGGAGAUUUUGAUGAGGGAUUUAUCUUCAUCGUUCAAUACUAACGAGCAUAGUACACUAGCCAUUAAAACGAAGCUGGUCCAAUUGUCUACUAGUGAGAAUUUCCAAAUACGGGUUCAUGCGAAUAAAGUUUUGAAAUCUUUCUUAAAGUUACUACCAUUGUAUAUGACGGAGGUGAUAGAGAAUGCUUUAGAGUUGCUUUCAACAGAGCUAACAUCAUCAGAAUCUUUCUCAUUUGGAAAAAAUCACGGCCGCGCUUUUAUUAUCGCUAAUUUGAUAGACGUAGCAGAUAAGGACUACGUUUCAUAUGAGUUGAUUAUGAAAGUCAUUAUAUUUUCGACAACCAUUUUAAAAGAUUCGUCUGCAAACACGAGUUCUGCCGCCUACUAUAAAGAGUUAAUUUCAUGGAUCCUGCUUUGUGGUUUGAUGAAUUAUGACGAUGAUCAGUUCUUGCACAUACACUCUUCACAAUUAUUCUUAUUUUGGAAAGGUGUCCUCACCCAUACUUAUAGCUAUCGGAAUGAAGAUGAUCUUUAUAAAAAUAUUGAAAUUAGAAACCAUGCUCUAACGUGUUUGCUGGGUUACUUGGGUCGAAUUGAGGUUAAUUCGGAAAUUGCUAAACAAGUUUCAUUUCUUCUAACUAAAUGCUCUAAUUUUAAUCAUUCGAUUACGAUAAAAUCCAAGACGAUUGAUAAUGUUUUACUUCACAAUGAAAACAGAAUUUUGCAAAUCUAUCUAAAAAUUCAAAGGCAUGUGAGGGAGGAUUUUAACAGUGCUGUUUUAAUUUUGAUUGUUAAAAAUUUCACAGAUCCUAAUUUGUAUACUCAACCUUCCCAGUCUAGCCUAAUAUCUGGAAAAUCUUUUAAAGAAAAGGGAUUGUUCUUCGGUGAAGGAAGAAGAGAAAAGCAAGAUAAUUCACCAAGCAUUCGAGAGCUAUAUAUGAACGGGGACGGGUUUGCUUACGGUCUUUCGAGUAAAAUUUAUGGUUUCGAGAUUGAUGAACUCACUAUAAGAAAUGAAAAGCAUUGUCAAAGUAGUUUAUCAGAAAGGUGGCUGGCAGGCGCUGAAUAUUGGUAUGACUGCUUCGAGAAGGAGAUCAACAAACCCAUUGCAUCAGUGUUGUCCUAUGACUACUUGGUACUGUUAUAUGGACGUGGAUCAUAUUCGAGAUCCGAGGAAUUUUCACCUAAAGUAACAACAUCUAUUAUCAAUUCCUCCAUGGAAAUAUUUUCGUUGGUUUUCCCCUUUCUGAAUGACAAGAUUCAGUAUUCUGUGUUGGAAAGCAUGAAUUCGAGUAUUUUUUCAAGAAACACAACCACAUUCAGGUCUCUGGCAAUUGCAAUCAAUUGUUGUGUUGCCAUAUACGGGUCUUUGAAGACUAUACAACAGAACACCCUAACACUUGAAGAGUCGGUGGGAACUCUUCUCUUGAAAAUUUUGAAAGGCAUUGGUUCUGUUGAUAAUGCAUUUUUAAGCAAAAUAAAAGCUGAAUGCAUCGGAUUAUUAACUUGUGCCGUUUCCAGAAAUAGAAAUGCUGAUUACGUGGAUGCGUACCUAGCAAAAAAUUCGGAAGUUCUUAUCAAGGAAAUUGUAGAUAAUGAGAACCCAUAUUCAAGGGUUUUUGACGCACUAUCCCUUUCCUCGAUAUACAAGUUCAAUUCACAAAAAUUGAAUUUCAACGUCACUUACUCUGUUUUGGAGCGCCUUGUGAAAGAUCCUCACCCUGUGGUACACACUUGGUCAUUGAAUGCUAUGGCAAUCCUUCUGGAAAGUCUGGUUAUGAUAAACGAUGAGGUGGCUUCUAGUUUGAUUAAGCUCCUUGAAACGCUUUUACUCAAUCAAGAUUAUGGAAUUUAUGGUUCAUCUACCUGGUCUUAUAAUUAUAAUGAGACGUUUAAUUCUCAUCAGGUAAUAGCUCAAAUAUUGAGCAUUCUUACUCAGAACCUCGGACCAAGUUUAAUUGAACUAACUGGAGAAACACUAGAAGCUUUCAGAAAUACUUUACGUCUGUUAACCAUUUCGAAUGAUGCAAUCCAAGAGAUUUAUUGCAUUGAUAUUUUCGUCAAUUUAGCAACUUUCAAAAUGGAUGGGGUUUUUGAGGUAGAAAUGUGUUUGCCCAUUGCUAAAAGAUUUAUAAGAGAUUCAAAUUUUAUUGGUUUAGAAAAGAAUUUUUUAAUCUCGACCUUUAUUGAAGAUAAGAGACUCACUAUGUCUGCUUAUAGUCGGAACGGUAUUGAAAGUAGUUUUUCUUUCCUGACACAACUUCUGAAGUUGAAAGUGUAUGAGACUUUCAUCAGGGAUGUAGAACUAUAUGUUUGGACCAGUAUUUGUAUAUUUCCAACAUGGAGGGUGAUCACGAAUUACAUUAGUGAAUGGUUUCAUCAGACUUGUUUGGAAAAUGUGUGGGUCGACAAACUAAUCAAACUGUUUAAUUUGCCUCAGCAGAAACUUUUCUCUCAGUUAAGUGCAUCAAUUGAACUAUAUCUUUUAAAGCAAGGUGUGAGAAAAGAAAUUAUUGAGGUUAUUAGGGAUGAGGAAACAGCAUCAAUUGCAAAAUCGGACGAGAACGAUGAUAAUGCUAAGUCAAUUAUGGCGUCCGCUGGAAUUUUGAAGAACGAUUUGAUGCCUUGGAGAACGCGAAAACUUUUUAUUGAAUUGAUUCAAGAAUUGUUCCUUAUUGGUGAACAAAAUGUUGAAAUUCGUCGUGUUUUGGGUCGAAGAAUUGGCGCUUUAACUAAGGUAUGUUUUAGUGCCUCCACAAUGAAUGUUCAAUGCAUGAAGCAGUUGGGUAUUGAAGUGCUAGGGAUGUUGAUAGUCAUCUUUUCUAGUCAACCUGAUGAAAAUCAGACCCAAUAUUCAAUCUUGGAGCAGGAGGAGGCGCAUAUUGUUAGUGCUUUGAUGCCGGCAUUUGAUUACAACAGUUCUACCUCAGUCUUGCCUUAUGCUAUUAAAGUUGCAGCUGAGUUCCUAUCCUCGGGAAUUGUUCCGUUAAAACGUAUGGGUAGAGUACAGAAGCUGAUGGUCAAUUCUUUAGCUGAACUCGUUGAAAAGAGCAAUGUGAUUAAAAUUGGAGAUGUACUUGUUCCUACGAAGGUUUCAAGACGAGAGAUUGAAGUCUCUGUUCUUAACGCUUGGGCUGAAAUGACCAUAAAGGCGUCUUCUUCAAAAAACGCAGAGCUAUUGGAUUUUGUUGAAGGGUAUUGGGGUAGUUUAGUACCACUUUGGAUUGUUUCAUUGAGGGAAUUUGCUUCAUAUGACAAUGAAGAACGUGAUUUGAUCUCGAGCACUUCUUUAAUGAGUGACAAGAAAAGUGGAAAAAGGAAUUCAAAGCUGGUAGAAACUGUUUGGUUGAAUUUCGUCAAUGCCAUUGGGUGUGUUAAUUCGAAAAAUGACAAGAUUCUAUCGGAGUGUUUGAGCAAAAGUGAUUUAAGCAGUUUUGUCUUCGUUCUUUUUGCUCAAUGUCUCAAAAAUAUAGUUAAAAAUUCAGAAGAGGAAGUAAAAAAGUUAAGAACCUUACAAGCAUUGCAGAAAGUUCUUUUGUGUGAUGUUUCGUUUCAGGCUUUCUUUUCAAAUGGAAUUCAUGAAGAGACCGUUGAGAUAUUUGAUAGACUUGUGAUGACUGAAUCUCUCGAAAUAGUCGGCGCAGUUAAUUUAGUUAUUGAAGCCCUAAUGGAGGGAUACCUGAAAGAAAACAGGGAAGAAGAUCAGUUUUUAUCUGGUGUCGAUAAAUUGUAUCAAAUGUUAAGAAUUUUGCUGUCAACUAUAUCAAAACUAGCACCUUGGUUGAGAAAUAUUGAAAUGAGCCAGAAUGAAAAAUUCAAGGAUUCAUGGACCAAUGAAGAACUAGACUUGUUGAGGCGCACAUUCGGUAUUAUUUCAAAUGUUGUUGGCCAGUUUCCCACAGUUUUUAAAUUGGAUCUUUAUGCCUGCUUGUUAUUCAUAGUAGGUAAAAUAUUUGAAAACGAGAUGCGAGAUACGUUAGUUCGGAUGUCUCUACCACUUUUAAAAUGCGUAGUUGACGAUUCAAUCAACGAAGGUGAAAACCACAGAAUGGUUACAAUAUUUUUUCAGUCAAUCAAGCAUAUCUUGUUCGGAGAAUUGGACACUGAUGUUGCUUUAACAACAUGUUUAAUUAUUAGUCAGGGAGAUCUGGAGUGUUUUACGGGCGAUGAUGUGAAUAAUGUCACAAAACUUUUGAUUGCUGGUUUAGAAAAGAAAGAGACAGCAAAUGUUGCAUUAAAGGGUUUCAAGAGCAUAACUAAUAAGAUGGUAGGGUCGAAUAUCAGAAAAGAGAUUAUUCGGAAGAUUAUCUCUAGUUUGAUAACUUUGUCGCAAGAUCACUCUAAAUUCGAAAAUUUUGAUGAUAAACAAGUUAUUGCGGAAAUUAUAAUGGGUUUCACUAGGUGCUGUUUAUUGAGUGAUGGAUUGGAUAGUAAAGCAGCUCUAAGUAUUUCUAUGCCUUUUUUGAUUUGGUUUUACUUUAAUUUUGAAGAUCAUAGAAGUUAUGUGCAUUCAUGCUUUUUAGAACUUGUGGAAGUUGAUAUUGGAGAUGUGAAAUUUGUUUUGAAUUCUGCUUUAGAUGAUGAUCAAAGAAUGAAGUUCAAGGAAAUUAUUAGAGACGGUUCAGAAGGAUCUAUUGGAGCUGCAUCGCAUGUCGCAGAUCAAAUUGAACUUAAGAGAUUUGAGUGA